AUGGCGAGCAGGGCCAGCUUCACGGAGUCGGAGCUCUCGGAGGAAGACAGCCUUCUGUGCCCCGACGACGACAGCGGAGGUGAAGGACACCUCGGUAAGUCCUCCCCGCUCAGCGAGGGCUGCACCAGCAGCUGCCCCAGCGAGUCCGAUGACAGCAGGGUGGGCAAAAAGCGGAGUCGUCCGGUACGCUCCAAGGCCCGGCGCGUGGCCGCCAAUGUGCGGGAGCGCAAGCGCAUCCUGGACUACAACCAGGCCUUCAACGCCCUGCGUGUGGCCCUCAAGCAUGACCUGAGCGGCAAGCGGCUCUCCAAGAUAGCCACGCUGCGCCGCGCCAUCAACCGCAUUUCCUCGCUGUCCGUCUUUCUGCGCGCCAACCCCGCAGGUGUCCCCCGCCAGCCCUGCACCCACUCCGAGUGCCACGUGCUACAGGAGGAGCCUCGGUUGGAACUGGCCAAGGACAGGGGCUACCUCUUCCCGGCAGAGAGCUACCUGCCUUGUGCUCUGGCCUCACCGCUGCCCCCGCAGCCUCCUCGCCAAACCCAUUCCCUCAGCUUGCCGGCAGAGGAACCGCUCCACGUGGACACACUGGGACUCCUGGGACCCCUGCCCCCACCCUCCCCGCACUACCCAGAGCCCCAGUUCUACCUGCCUCAUGGACACUACGCUGGACCCCAGGAUGAGUUCAGCCUGUCCUACUACGGCGGCGGCUGCGGCGCCGGCCCGGGACACCAAUUUGGGGCACGGAUGAGCUGCCACCCCAACCACACGGAGAAUUUUGCAGAAUCCACGGCUUCCCUGCCCUUCUCUUGGCAGGCAGGCUACCUGCAGGGCUCAGGGUACCAGCAGUCCUUAUCCAUGCACUGA